AUGCUGUCUUCCAACGUCCUCAGUGUUGUCGCACUCUUUGCUGCUGCUGUAAAUGCAGGCCCCUGCCGUCCUUCGACAACUCUGACUGGAACCACAACUGAGAUCACCUCAACUGCAACUGUUAUUGACAAUACUACUGAUCUCACAUCAACUAUCAUCGAGAGCGCCACAGAGACUGAGACAACCGACAUUGCUACAACUACCACUACCACGGCUAUCGUUGAAGAGUCUACUACUACCACCGCUAUCAUUGAAGAGUCCACCACUACCACGGCAGUUGUUGAAGAAUCGACCACUACCGAGGCCGCAAGCACCACGACCACCGCUGCGGUCGACCCCUAUUCUUGCUCUACGAGUGACAGCUGUGCUGCCUACCCAGAUUUGUGUCUCGAUGGGCUGUUGAACUUAUGCGUUUGCUUGAACGCCGUUUGCGUGCCGGUCAGCUAG